CGUGCGUAGGUGGACGCCAACUAAAAUUUGCGACAUGUAAAUCCGACUUUGCCAAAUAGUGCCUGCGAUCCACAGAUGUAACAUUUCAGUUUACAUAUAAUAAUAACCGGCACACUAUUUUAGUCUGAUCGGCGCCUCUUCGUAUUACGAUUACUUAAAAAAUACUGCAAACUGGCGGAAGUGAAUAUCGACCAAUCAGAGGGGCCCUUACAAAAGAGUUUGAAAUUGAUUAUUGGCAGGUGCGCUUGUGGAAGGUGUGUAAAUCAACUGCAAGAUUGAAGGUGUUUAGAUGCAGAAAGAUGCCGGGUGCUACCGCACAGUUGGGAGAAGCUGAAGCUGCUUUUGAGACAGUAAAGAAUGAAAUUGAAAAAAAUGGCAACAGAUUUGAGAAAGCUGGAGCUUCUGAUGUGGAUGUGGCUUUCCUGAAGGAACUUUUGGACAACAAUGUCAUUAAUUCCUUGGUCAAGGUCCAAGAUUCUUUGGAGUAUGAGCAACCCAUUCCAGCCCACCACGACACUAUAGCUUUGGUGAAGGGUGUGAACGAAGAGUUGACGGAAGGAACGUCCCGAGACGCGGAGGAGUUACAGGCCAUCUUGUCCAAACCACACGUCAGAGCACUGGUUGUUGCUCAUGAUGAUGUUGCCAACAAGAACUACGAGGAGCCAGAUGUUUACUACAGCGAUGAAGAAUCUGCUUCAAAUUAUGAUGCUGGUGAAAUUUCUGGAGAUUCCGCCAUCAGAGUUGUGGGUAUACGGAAAACAGAUGAUGAACCAUUGGGAAUAACAGUGGUCAGGGAAGAAAAUGACCUGGUGAUUGCAAGAAUAUUAGCUGGAAGCAUCAUUGAUAAACAAGGCUUACUCCAUGUUGGUGAUGUGAUCAAGGAAGUGAAUGGAGUGGUUGUGGAGUCUCCUGAACAGCUGGCACACAUCAUGAGGAACACCCUGGGCAGUGUCACCUUCAAGGUUCUGCCUAGUUACCUAGAAAAUGCUCCAGUACACCAGGUAUAUAUGAAAGCCCUGUUCUCCUGGAAUCCAGCUAAAGAUAAUCUCAUCCCCACCAAAGAUGCUGGCCUGCAGUUCAGGUUUGGGGACAUUCUCCAGGUUCUGAGUACAGAUGAUGACAACUGGUGGCAGGCUAAGAAAUUGGAUGAAGAAGCCACAGGUUUGGUUCCCUCCACAUCACUGGAAGAGAAAAGGAAAGCUUUUGUUCGUCCUGACCACGAUUAUACACACAAGUCUUGGCUUUGUGGACUCACCUUCACCACCAAAAAGAAAAAGGUGUUGUACCAGUCUUCACAAGCAAGUGAGCUGGACACUGCAGACAUUCCUAUAUAUGAAGAGAUCGUGAGGAUGCCUCCCUUCCCGCGUAAGUGCCUGAUCUUGGUGGGAGCCCAAGGAGUUGGAAGAAGAACAUUAAAAAACAGACUGAUGAAUACAGAUCCAAAUAGAUUCGGCUCCACUAUUCCACACACCUCCAGACCUCCAAGAGAUGGAGAAGAAAAUGGCCGCAAUUACUACUUUGUGACGCGAGAGGCCAUGGAACUAGACAUACAGCAGGGAAAAUAUCUAGAACAUGGCGACUACGGCGGCAACCUCUAUGGGACCAAGCUGGAGUCCAUUCGCACAGUACUUAGACAGGGCAAGAUGUGCAUAUUAGACAUUGCUCCAAAUGCUGUGAAGUUAAUAAGAACACAAGAAUUCAUGCCAUUCGUGGUUUUCAUUGCUGCCCCCUCAGUGGCAGUGUUACGUAAUAUGCUAGAGAAGUCCAAGAUGGAAAGAAUGGGGAGAGAUAUGACAUUUGAUCGUGCCAGAAAUAGGGGUGCUCCUAGUGUGACUACUCUGGAUUUCCACUCGGAGGCCGACUUCAAGAGAACUGUAGACGAAAGCAUCCGCAUCGAGCGCAGCUACAGGCACCUGUUUGACCACUUCAUCAUCAAUGACAACAUGGACAAAGCAUACGAGGAACUCCUGGAAGCAAUCGAUGACCUGACCAGUAAGCCGCAGUGGGUACCCGUCUCCUGGGUGUACAACUAAACAACUCGCGUACCAAGACCCUGCUGGCAGUGCUGACGGCAGAGAAGAGAUCUCACAAGAAUACCUUAACUUUUUUUAUGAUAAUUAUAGAAAAAAGUAAAAUGCCUUAUUUUGAAAGGAGUUUCAUUAUGAUGCUUUUUUUCACUCUGGAUAUUAUGAUUGAAUUGACUUGUUUUUACAAACUGCAAUACUAUUUUAUGAAGAAUUUGGUUACUUAACACGGGAACUGAUGUCCCCCUUUUUAAAACCUGUGGUAAUAUAGGGGUUAUGGCUAGGUUGAACUGGGUAUUUUGAAGAGGUUAUGUUUUUUGCUUUAUUAAAUAAAACCUGUUCUUCAUAAGCUUUUAAUUUUUGAACAGUGCCAUUACUUUUUUCUUCAAAAAUCUAUAUUGCCAAUAUGCAAAACAGGUUGGAUAUGGUACAGUCGAAAGAUUCAUAAAUGUCAAUGUUAGAUUUCCACACACCAUCUCUUUAUGUCACUUUAUAUGAACCUGUAAGUAUGCAUAGUUGAGGCUUUUCCUUUUGAUGUUACCUAAAUUUCAGGCAUUACUCCAGACACGAAUAUGUCUUUAUUUCAAUUGUCUUGAACUUGAAUCUGCACAAGAAAUAUCAUUUUAAAAUGCUGUGUAGUUCUCCAAUCCAAAAGACUCAAGUUCCUAAAUAAAGCAUGACAUAUGUUUAGAGGAUGUAACCUCAUUUAACAAGCAGAUUUUUUUCUGCUUUAUCAGUUUGUGAAUCUGACAAGUUACUCAAAAGAAAAUGAAUCUUCCCCCCAAAAAAUUGUUCAGAAACAUGAAAAUAAUCAUAAAACAAAAGGCUAUUAACUAACAGUGUCUACGGGACCAGUUUGACCACCUUAAAGGAGGUGUUAGUGGUAUCUGUUAGUGGUAUAUUAAAAAGUGUUGACAUAGUAUCAUAAAAUGAGAAAUUCAUCACUAUACAAUGUGUUGACAUAAUAUCAUAAAAUGAGAUAUUCAUCAGUACACUAUUUCUAACAUUUUUGCCUUGAGAAUUUGUUCCAUGAUCUGUAUCGAGUUUGUUAAUAUGAAGUGAGGUAUGGUAAAUCUAUGCACGUAACAGACCGUGACUUUAUAUACCAGUAAUAUUUGAAAUGGUUGCAGUGAUAUUCCUGGUGGUGAUGAAGGAACAAUCAGAACUGUACUUGCCUACAACCAGAAAUAGUCUUGUUGAUGCCAGCAGACAAAUUACCAACUUGAAAUGGAAAUAAAAACCCCAAAGCAUGAUGGGAUAGCUAUGGAGUCCUAUAUUGUGGUCCAAUUUCAUUUCAAAUAUUUCUUGUUUUGGUUGGUGUGGUUCUGAAAGUGCCUUCUAAUGACCUUCCAAUGAAGGGACCAAAUAACUUUUUUUACAAGCGACUGAGUAGCUCUUUAAGUUAUAGUGUAGGUACAUUUGUACCCGUUAAAUAGAUUAAAUUAAGGAUGCCACAUCCAGAAAAUGAUAUAUAUUUAUAACAAUGCAUAGAAUGAUGUUGGAUCUAUCAGUGGUGAACUAGUUAUAUGUAAGAAAUUGUUUUUGCCGUUGCAUGCAAUUAAAUCCCAUCAAGCUUGUUAGAUGUGCUAAUUGGAGACUUAUGGGUGGGGAAAAUGUUUUGUAAAGUAGAAUAUGAUAUACAUGUAGCUAUACAUUUGCUUUGUACAGUAAUUUGUUGUAGACAUAAGUGCAUAACUUGUGUGUAAAUAUGAUUUUUUUUUUUCAAAUAUAUACUUGCUAUAUUGUGUAAGUGCAUGUCAGUUAAGUGGUGGUUCUUUUGUUAAAUAACUUAAUUUUGAUUAAUGAAAUUAAAUGAAUAAUCUUCUUUAGAUCAUGUAAUGACAUAAUAUUCUUAGAAAAGAAAAAAGAAAUGUGUGAUUUGCUUGGUUUAUGAAAUAUAAAUAUGGAUUAAUCUGUGAAUUUUUGUGUCUUCAAGAGAACACACGAUGUGUUGUGACAAAGAGAUGAGAACUAUAUUUUAUGAAAAAUAUUUGAAUGAUUUUGGAUGACUUUUCACCGUUGCGUAUAUAUAAAUCACUCCCCAUUCCUGUAUUGUAAUUACCCAGCGAGUAAAGUGGGUUGCAUGGUGUACAAGUCACUUCUACGCUGCUGCUUUUUAUAAGCUGUUAAUGCAGUAGAAAGUCACGUACGUUGCACACGUUGCGCUGUCUUAAUAAAAGUGAAUUUCAUACUCA